GGUGGUUUAGUAUGAUGGCAAGAGCCCUCGAGUAAGGAUCACUAACUCUGCAAUUUGAAACCUGAAAAUGCUUAUUCUACCUUUAAUUCUUUGGAUUUCCUCCGCAAAUCCUUCCCUGGCUCAGUAUUACAUAAGCCGCCCCAAGCGCGUUUUUCCGGAUUUCAAGUUCCCCUCAGAGUACAAGGACGUUCCAAGAGUUUUCGAGUGGAAGAACCUGCAGUAUGGUUUCCCCAGUGAGCAAGAGCGAGAACAGGUGGUGCGCAGUGGACGCUAUAAUCCGGAUAGCCCCAUACCCAUCGACAUUGAUGUUUAUUACCCACGAAAUGGCGGCCCACCUCGUCACUUUGUGACUUCUCCCCGAUUCGGCCAAGGUGUGCCCUAUUCCCUGGCCUAUGUUACCAACGUGCAGCGGCCAAAUGGCAGUGAAAUCCAGGCGUAUCCCAGUUACCAGUGGCACAGCAGCCACGGGGCGAACUGCGAUGGCUUGACCUCCGUCUACCGGGUUCACAUCGACGCCUGUGGUCAGAUGUGGAUCCUGGACAGCGGCGAGAUAGAGUUCGUGCAGCACUGUGCGCCCCAAGUGGUGGUCAUCGACCUGGCCACCGACCAGUUGAUCCAUCGGUACCGCCUGCCUGAAACCUCUUACAAGGCCAAGGUCAGCAGAUUUGUGAACAUCUACGCGGAUAUCAGAGAUCCACCUCCAAGAGGGCAGUGCAAGGAUGUGUUUGCCUACCUGGCGGAUCCUACGAGUAAGGCCAUAGUGGUGUACGAUGUGAUGGGCCAAAGUUCCUGGCGCAUCGAGAACAAGUUCACCUAUCCCGAUGCCAAGUUCGGAACCCACACGGUGGCAGGCGAGAGUUUCGAGCUGCUCGACGGGCCUUUGGCCCUGGCGGUGACUCCUUUGGGUCUGGGCCUGCGUCGCCACCUGGUUUUCCACGCCCUGUCCAACGAUCUGGAGCUGGCCAUUCCGCUGGAUGUCCUGAACAAUGCCACAAACUGGCAAAGGGGCCUCAGUUCCUCCCUCUCAGAGUUCGUGAACCUCGGCAGAAGGGGCAUUCAGUGUGCCUCGCACGCGAUCAGCAGGCAGGGUUUCUGGUUUUGCGGCUUCCUCGAGCCCAUCGGCAUUUUUGGCUGGGACAUUCGAAGGCCCUACAACCGGCAAAACGUGCAGUUGCUGGCCCUAAAUCCGGUCACCCUGCAGUUUGUCAGUGGGAUGAAGAUCAUCCAGAGGCCUUCGGACGGCAGGGAGGAGCUGUGGCUGCUGUCGGAUCGUCUGCAGAAGAUCUUUGCCGGAACCAUCGACUACGGCGAAAUCAAUUAUCGGGUGCUGCGGUGCGAUGUGGAAGACCUGCUGCAGGGGCGGGGAUGCUUUUAGAUGCCCAGAUCAGACCCUCGAGAUCUGUGUAAACACUCUUAAGCCGACAUAAAAGAUGUCCAUCCAUAAAUCUUGGGACUAUUCGAAAGUGUUUGCUCGGCCGCCACAGGUACACGACCUUUGUCUCUGAUUUGAUGGUCAA